AAAAAUAAAGAAAAAUAGAAAAUGGUAGGUCAAGGGUCGCUGUAGGAGAGCGUAAUAUAAUUGAGUAGAAAAGGAGGAGGGCACAAUCGGUGUUCCUGCAUUGGCCAUUCCCCCUUAUCUCCGAAUACGUUGGACACUUGGCCUAUAUGCAAACAUUCGCCACUCGGAGUUACAAUGACACAAACAAAAACACAAACACAAACACAAACAACAACAACCUCUAGGGAAACAAACUCUUCUGAAACAACCUCCUCCUCAUCCUCAGGCUCACAUUCCAAUUCUACAACCUCAAAGGCCCAGAAGCAGAGCAGCAAGCACCCGGUGUACCACGGCGUGCGGAAGCGCAACUGGGGGAAGUGGGUGUCCGAAAUCCGCGAGCCGCGCAAGAAGUCACGCAUCUGGCUGGGAACCUUCGCCACUCCCGAAAUGGCGGCGCGAGCCCAUGACGUGGCGGCUCUGACCAUCAAGGGCCACUCCGCCAUUCUCAACUUUCCAGAAAUUGCGGACAUGCUCCCCCGGCCUCUGACGUGCUCCCCGCGUGACAUCCAAGCGGCCGCAACCGCCGCAGCCGCAAUGGUUAAAUUGGACCCCGUCGCAGAACCCUCGGACUCGGAGUCUUCGGAGCUGAGCCAGAUUGUUGAGCUUCCCAACAUCGAAGACAACACCGUUGACUCCUCUGCCACGGACUUCCUGUUUGUUGACGUUGUGGACAGUUGGGUUUUUCCAUCGGAGACGGAGACGGAGACAGAGGGAAUCUUGUUUCCGCAACAGAUAGAGUUGGAGAUUCCCAUUUGCAUUUGGGAUUCUAUUUGACUCACUCCACUUUUCCUCUCAAUUUCACUUCCUGUAAUCUCUACUCUCUACUCUCCUCUCUAUUUCACACCCUUACCUUACCAACUUCUCUUCUUUAAUCCCUUUCUACUUUCUUCCUUCUAUGCUAUUGCUACCUAGUAGAAAUACAAAAUCUCAAUGCCCAAUAAAAUACUUACUCUCUCUACACAACUAUACUUUCACAUUUUCACCCUAAACUUCUUUUUUUUUUAAGUUUGACAGACGAUUGUACAUGUCAUAGAUUCUUAAUAGGCAAACAUUACCGAUUAGUCA